AUGGAUGAUGAGAAGUCAGUACCGACUAACAUCGAGGAAAAAACGCCCAGCCUUGACGACGUGAAGAUAAAUGAGCGUGUUGUUGUGUGGCGAUUAGUGAACGGCGAAAAAAGAAGGGUUUUGGCCACACUUCUGAAGAAGAGAGGACCCGACUCGAACCUCAAAUCCAAUAAUACUGAUGAAGGAGAACUCGAUCAGAAACUAAACUCUUUACCCCUGGAUGAGAGCACUGAUGGUGUAGAGAACCAAGAGUUCUUCGUUCAUUUUGAUGGGCAAGAUCGACGUCUCGAUCAGUGGAUUAGCCGUGAGCAGUACGUCAAUAUACUUUGUGCUCAUCCAGAUAACUUUCUAUCUAUUUUCACAACGAUUGAACUAAGGCCGUUCUUCGGCACUCCCCCGGAGAAGAACAUCGAGAGGAUUAUAUUUGGUAGCUACGAAAUCCAAUGUUGGUAUUACUCGCCUUAUCGUUUGAAGAAUAAACUUGUGGAGCGGCUGCUUAUUUGUGAAAAUUGUCUACUAUAUACUGAAGACAGGCAACGCUUUGCAUGCCAUUUGGCGAAAGACUGUAAGCUUAGGAAUCCUCCAGGAGAGGCGAUCUAUGAGGAAGGUGACAUCAAAGUGUACGAAGUAUUUGGCGCACUGCAAAAGUUUUACUGUCAACGGCUCUGUCUAUUGGCCAAGCUCUUUAUUGAUCACAAAACAUUAUGCUUUGAUGUAGAAAACUUCAUUUUCUAUCUCUUGUGUGAGGUAAGUCUUCUUGUUCUUUUUAUUUCUCAAUAUUUCUAUCAAGAUUGUAUUCAUCAGGUUGAUAAUGAAGGCACCCAUAUAGCAGCAAUGUUCUCCAAGGAAAUGUAUUCUUCAAACAAUUUGGCGUGCAUUAUGACAUUGCCGUGUUACCAGAGGAAAGGAUACGGCAGCCUGAUGAUACAAUUGAGUUAUGAAAUGUCGAAAAGAGCGAAAUAUCCAGGCACUCCUGAACGCCCUUUCUCAGAUUUGGGCGAGAUAUCAUACAAGAAAUACUGGCUUUGGGUUCUCUUACAAUGUUUUGAUUCGAUAUCUUUGCGCAAGGCUGAAGAUGUUACCCUUGAUGAAUUAGAAGUAAUGUCUGGUAUCAGCAAGGAUGACAUCAAGGACGUUCUAGAGCCCAUUGGAUUAGUCUCUCAUUUGAAAGGAGGAACAUAUAUCGUACAUAAUCCGAAAUUGGACCAGGAAAGUGGAGUUGAACGGCCUAACCCACCACUGAGAAUGCUGAAUCCCAAAUGUCUUAUAUGGAAUGCUAAAACUUUCGACAGGCCCAAAAGACGAAAUUAA